AAUGCACGUCAGCAAAGAGAACACGAUGCCUCCUGCGAGUCAGCUCGCGCACUGGCGCUAAUAAGAGCUGAAAUAUUAUCGCGCUAUUGUAUCGGGGAGAGAGAAAGAGAGGUGGAGAAGCAGACGGAGGGGGGUGCUUUUUGGCGUGACACGUCGCACUUCUCCAAAAAAAAAAAAAAAAAACCUUUCCCAAUUUCUUUUCUCGCCCUCUCUCAGUUCGGCUACGGCGGCUGGCAGCGGUCACAAAAGUGGCCGCGCGCGCGCGCCCUGGCGAUUCCGUUUCGCUCACAGACAGACAUGGUGGUUGUUUUUACUUUUGGCGGCUCGGUGCGCUCCGAGCACCGCAGUGUUCCGACUCGAGGCUGAAGUCUCCUGCGUGUGUGUGCGUGUGUUUUUCCCUCUCCGUGCCCUGCUGUGAAGCAUGGUCAUGGCUGACUGUGAGCCGAAAGCGGCGCUCCGCGGGCCGGUGCGCGUGGGCUUCUACGACAUCGAGCGCACGCUCGGCAAAGGAAACUUCGCUGUGGUCAAACUGGCGAGACACCGAAUUACCAAAACUGAGGUGGCCAUAAAGAUCAUAGACAAGACCCAGCUGGACUCGGUAAACCUGGAGAAGAUCUAUCGCGAGGUGAAGAUCAUGAAAAUGCUGGACCACCCACAUAUUAUUAAGCUCUACCAGGUCAUGGAGACCAAGAAUAUGCUCUACUUGGUGACAGAGUAUGCCAAAAAUGGAGAGAUUUUUGACUAUCUGGCUAAACAUGGGCGGCUGAGUGAGCCAGAAGCUCGUCGCAAGUUCUGGCAGAUUCUGUCUGCAGUGGAAUAUUGCCACAACCGCAACGUCGUACACCGUGACCUGAAAGCUGAGAACCUGCUGCUGGAUGGACACAUGAACAUCAAGAUUGCAGAUUUCGGCUUCGCAAACUUCUUUCAAGCUGGAAAGCCCUUGGCCACAUGGUGCGGCAGUCCACCAUACGCCGCCCCUGAAGUGUUUGAAGGACAACAAUAUGAAGGACCACAGCUGGACAUCUGGAGCUUGGGGGUGGUCCUUUACGUGCUGGUGUGCGGAGCCCUGCCUUUUGACGGUCCCUCCCUACCUGUGUUAAGGCAGCGUGUGCUAGAAGGCCGCUUCCGAAUCCCAUACUUCAUGACCGAAGAGUGUGAGCAUCUGAUCAGGAGGAUGUUGGUGUUGGACCCUUCCAAGCGACUCUCAGUUGCUCAGAUUAAGGAACACAAGUGGAUGGUGCUAGAGGUGCCUGUACAGAGAACCCUCCUCUACCAGCAGCCCAGUACGGCUGAGGACGACCCUGGCCUGGGAGAGUACAGCGAGCAGGUGCUGAGGCUCAUGCACAGCCUCGGUAUCGACCAGCACAAAACCAUAGAGUCUCUCCAAAACAAAAGCUAUAACCACUUUGCUGCGAUUUACUACCUGCUGGUAGAGAGACUGAGAGCGCACAGAUCGAGUUUCCCCGUGGAGCCGCGUCUGGAUGUUCGCCAGCGCAGACCCAGCACCAUCGCCGAUCAGACCAUGGUGAAGUCGAGCAGCGGUGCUCCCCAGGUGAGCCUCAUGCCCCAAAAUGUGCGUCUGCUGCGCUCGCUGGCUGUGCCUCAGGCCAGUGCCGACUCCUACGCAUACCCACAAUCCUCCUGUGCGCCUGAUCACAGCCUCAUGGAGGAGGAGGUGGGAACUCCCAAAGUGGAUGGCUGCAUGCUGGACCCUCUGCCUCCAGUGUCUGUGCGGAAGUCCAGCACGUCUACCCCCAGUAACAUGAUGGAGACUUCUAUAGACGAAGGCAUAGAGACGGAGGAUCCGGAUGCAGAAGAGGAAGCUGCACACGCCUUCAAUGCCUACCAGACAACACGCUUUGGCCAGCGCAGACACACGCUGUCUGAAGUUACCAACCAACCAGGAGUGCUGAGCAACGCAGGGAAGCUGUUCUCACUUGGCAGCAUGGACUCCGAGUACGACACCGGCUCUAUGCACAGUGACCUCAGCCUGCUGGAGGAUGCGUCAUCCAUUAAUGAAGCGGUUCUAGCCAAGGCAUCCAUCAGCCAUGUGACUGCACCCUUUAUCAGUCGCGUGACUCCGCCUAACCCGGCCAUGCACGUGCUGAGCUCACAGAGGAGAGAGACUCACAACCGCUCACCUGUGAGUUUCAGAGAGGGACGGCGGGCGUCUGAUACGUCACUCACACAAGGUAUGGUGGCAUUUCGACAGCAUUUACAAAACCUGGCCCGUGCAAAAGGUAUCCUGGAGCUCAACAAGGUUUAUGAGCAGAUGGGCUCUGGAGAGAAUCCCUCGCUAGCAUCGUUGAACCCCCAGACACACCUACACAACCCUCUUGAUCCCCUACUGCAGGGAGGUGGAUGCCACCAGCAUGACAUGGCCUUGUACUCAGGUGGACCAUCACUGUCCAGGAGACAGAGCCUGGAGCCGCAGUACCCCUCACACAGAAUGCCGGUGAUGUUCUGUAAAGAGAGCCCUCGCAGCCUAGAACAGCAGCUGGCUGAGCACAGGUUGCAGCAGAAAAGGCUCACUCUUCAGAAGCAGUCCCAAAUACAGGCCUAUUUUAACCAGAUGCACAUAGUGGAUGGGGCGUAUGCCCCUUGCCAGACGAUUAACCUCCAGGACUCUCAGGCCCAAACCCCGAUGUCACACCAGCAGAAUACACAGCCUUUCGGACCCAUGAUGGAGCCUGGCAGCGACACCCUGACUUAUGAUCCCUACCUGGGUCAUUACCACCCGCUGCAGCACUCCACGCUUCCUCCCGGCAUUCCCACCCAGCUCCAGAAUCAGCAGUCCUACAGCUACCAACAGCUUGACCCGGGCCACUGCCAGCUUGGUGAGGUUCUGUACCAGGAGCAAUACGAUCCCCCGCUGGAGCCCGGCCAGCCGCCUCCUCUGUGCGUGGCAGCAGGGGUGCCAGCUCCUGCACCGGGAUACGAAGGCCUCAAAAUGGCUGAUGCCUUUGCAGACAGCGAGAUGAUGGAGACGGUGGACUCGCCGCACGGCUUUGUGCUGGUCAAGUAAGACAGAUGGAUUGCGAGAGGUCCACAGUGUUACCUUGAGAUCUGCUUUUGGAGAAGGGAGUAUGGAGGAAAAGAAUACCGGUACAGCUCUUGACCACAGUUUGAGUAAAAAACAAGAACCUUGCGGUCGUAUUCUUUUUUUGUUGCUGUUGUCGUUUCAACCCGAUUUCCUGCGAAACGCCUCGAAACGCUCUCCAGUGCCUGCGUUCUCCCGGGGGAAAAGUCAUUAAUGGGAGCGUGGUUGGAACUGUGAAAGCUCCCUUAUCAUUCUGGACUGACGAACAGCAACGUUAGUUCAAGCUGGAACUUUUUUGUGUAGCAUACACAGCGGAGACAAGCCCAAGAAGCCAAACUCAUCACGUGUUUGGUAUUGACAUUGGUUUAGAUUGUGGGCUGUCUUUCAGGAUGAAACUGGUUGAAUUUGCACGCUUCGUUAAGUGCAGUGUUAAAACUUCUACAGCAAUAUCUAAGCAAUAGAAUCAUGCUGGAUGAACAAAGCCAUACUUUGGGACAAGGUGCAGUUCAAACAUUGGAUGAUUGAUGGGAAUAGCUGUCAGGGUCAAAGCCCACUUUAGUUAUAUCUCUCAAUCCUUAAGUGCACACUAUCUAUCCUGUAGUAUUGUUGUCGCUGGUAGGAAUGGUGCAAAAACUAAAAUCACCACUGUUUUAUUACGGCGAAGCGUCGUGGGAUGAAUCACAAUAUCCUUAUUACGCCGUUGAUUAACACAGAGGCGCUGUAGCUUGGACAUCACCGCCUGCGUCACCAUGGUGUUUUUUUUUCUUUUUCAUUGAACUCCUCCGAUUUUGAUUGACACUACAUGGGUAUCUGAAGGAAUGUGUAUGAUAUAAAAGGUUUCAUUGGAAAUUUUAGUCACUUAACACUGGAUUUUGGCCAACUGAUCAUGUUCAUUUUUUUUUCCAGCACUCAGCAAAUCUACUUGAAUAGAGUAUGUAAUUACAGAAUUCUGUUAAAUAGGAGAACGAUAGUGGGUAACUGUUUCGGCUUUGCAGUAAAGGUCAGCUUCUGGCCAACGCGAUCCUGGAGCACUUUCAAGUCGUUUUUCCAUAAGGAAGCAAAAGGAAAUGUAGCGAAUGUGGAUGUAGCAGUCCAGCCUGCUCUGCAAGUCCUGUCAAUCAUAACUAAGACAUCAAAUCCUGCUCCCGCCAGUUCCGUAAACAACAAGCCGCUCUCUGUCCAAUGCUAUAGGAGUCUGGCGCUUCACACGGCGCUUGUUGUAUGUAUGCUGUGUAUAAUUUAGAUGCAAAACAACAUAAGGAAUCAUUUUUAGUGUGAUAGUGUUCAGUGUGCCUUUACUUUAUUCUUUAUAAGUUAAGAUCCAAAUAAUGUUUUUUUUUUUUUUAUCUCCUUACCCUUCUGGUUUAAACAGCAGGAUUUAAAUAGAAUCAGGAUUUUUUUUUGUUUGUUAGAUUUUUUUUUUAAAAAGGUACAAAAACCAAACUCCUCUUUGAAGUUUUCCCUGUACAAGGCCACCAUGUUAAAGUUUGACGCUUUUUGUUCAGUUACUAGACAGUGCUUUUACUCGUCAAUCAGUAUACAAAUAAUUAAAAGCAAUAUUAUUAAAUAGUUAUAACAAAAAAAGAUCAUGAAUCAUGAAUGUGCUACAGUAUCAUAAUCACAUUUCCAGCUGCCAAAUACCGUUCUUUAGAAAUCCAGUUCUUCAUGUAGGCUCUUUGUUGUGACCACACAUAAGCUAACUUGCAGUUGAGAUUAAAAAGAAAAAAAAAAGUUUGUGAA